AAUGUGUUUAGAGGUGUAUAAGUAUGUGUGAGUGCAUGUGUGCGAUUGAAUAAGCAUACCAGAAAAUUUUCUGGUACAUAAUUUGUUGCUUGCUGCAGCUUUGUUGCUCUUAAAUCCCAAAGCUUGUCCAUCCUCAUUAUUUUGUGCUUUCCCACAAUUUCAUUUGCAUUUAUGUAGACUGUUGUUGGACUAUUCUGUAGUAUCAACCUUGCGGUGGUUGGAAAUGGCUGUACUUUGUGUCUUGCUAGCUACAUUGCAAAUGCAAUUAGCACUCCCCACACAGUUGGUGUGCGUUUGUGCGGAAUAUUGUCGUGCAGUCGCAGGAAUGGGGACUUGUGUGGUUGCUUUCUAACCUAGUAGUGUAAGUUUUUUUGUUCCGGGGUUUUGCUUUAAAGUACAUUGUUGUCUUCAUUACAUCCUGAAGCAAUGGAUAAUUGCAUCUUCCUAUUGUUAAAGUCCUCUCAGCAGCUGUACCUUCACAAUCCAAUGACUUCCAUUACAAGAGCUGUUUAUUAUUUUGGUCGUAAACGGCAGUGGUUUAAGAAUGACAGUCGAUGAUAUACAGAAGUGAUUCUUCGACUUUGGUUACCUACAUUAUACGAACACAAUGCAUUAUUUAAAUGGCUAAAGUAGGAGGUUUGUAACAGUUUGGUUCGUAUUUGGUGCAACGACCUAAAAGCUGAUUUUUUUUAAGAACCAUCAGUAAAUUAAAAAAAGAAGCAAGUGACCAGAAAAAUUAAAUAAAAUGAAGAAAGGCACAUAUUACAAUCAAGUCAAUGUUUGAAAAUGUUUAUCAACCUUCAUGAUUGCAAUAGGAAUUUAACAACAUUUGUGUACCCGUACCUUUUGUCAUUUAACAUCAUGCAACUCAUGCCUUCAUUUCAGUUGUGCACGUAAGCAUAGCUGCUGUGACCUCCUUGGUGCGCUGCAAAGUGAUUGGAGAGCUACUGUCUCUGUGUGACAAGGCUGGCUUGGCUGUUGUUCCCCGGCUUUUGUGGAGACUGCUUUCAUUUAACAUGACUUUGCACAAAGCUGUCCAGUGUCCUCCAAACUCACAGCCAAACCCAAAAGAAGGACCAGAAUAAAGUCCUGAGGCUGUGAGUAUGCAACCAAUGAGGCAGGGACAAGUAGGCAGUUGUCUCAAAUCAUAUCCAAAACCUGGUUGAUUUGAAGGUUGUUACCUAUUCAUACAUUACACAAAAGGAAGCGAAGAAGUCAGGAAGCUUUUCUGAAAGCUUGUGUCCAGUCACUGGAAGUUUCGCCUAAUCUAUGGGGAAAAGUGUUCCUCGUUGACGCCUUCAUCUGCCUCGCUCUAACACUACCUGACAAAACACUUAUUUUUCUUUGGAUGGGCAAUCAAGCAUUGAUUGUGUAACAUUGCGCCCAGCAGGCGUCCUCCCUUGUCCCUCCCUGCAGAAGAUGGACUGUGACAACACGAGACACAAGUCUAUGCCCCCGAACAUGGGGGCUCUGGUGGAGAGAUCACUGGCCAAGCUCACCCUUGGAGAAGAGGCUUUAAAACUGUUGGGUGAAGAAAGAGAGCUAGAGGAGUUGAACUUCUGUAUCUUUAAUGAGUGCUCCGGGCCAAUGCCUUCUCCUGCUGACAAACCGAGUCCAGAGGACUGUUCUUACCCUUGUUUCCCUACUAUGGAGUUCCAAGUGGAUACGCUUGGAACUGCUGGAGUGGAUGAUGAUCAGAAAUUUCAAGAUAAAGUAUGUAAUCAUGGAAUAUGGCAAAAAUCACCCUCACGGGCAAAGAUUAUUGAAAAGGCUGUGACAGUUGGAAUAAAACCAGAUCGGCUCAGAAUUCCAUUGACCGGCCCAAAGGACAGACUUUCUGAGUUUCGUUAUGGAAGCGUGCUACCCACUGACAUAAAAAUCCAAGCAAUUCCUGAAGUAGACAUUGAAAAAGACCCAUCAAGAGAGGCCUCUCCUAUUCCACCAGACAAUGUCUUCAUAUUUACAUCUACAGAAAUUGAAGCUAAGGUCCCUGUCACUCUUACGUCAUCCAAAAGCUUAGAUAGUACCUCCCGAGAAACACAACUUUCUGGAGAGAUUCCAAGGGGUAUCUCAUCUGAAGCUGUAGCGAAAAGCAUGCCUAGAGCAUUUACUUGGGAACAGAAGUUGCCCGGAGAUCCCAGGACAGAAGCCAGGUCAGAAACAAGAAAUAAGGAAGAGAUCCCUAAAGCCCUAAAGCCCUCUGAUGGAAUAAGUACACUCUACUUACAGGAAGGCUCACCAAAGCCACAGUUUCCCUCUCCAGUCAUAAUUAUACCUCAAACACAAGGAGAAGAGGAUGCUAUAGAAACUAUUGAAGUGUGUGUGCUCCCUCAACUGGAUCAGUCUGAACCAAAACUGCUUGAAGAGGGUCAGGCGAUCAAGGAAAAUGUCACUGUUUGGCAACCUGAUUGUGACAACCCAUUGUUGCAGUCACAAAUGGGUAACAAAGGGGAGAUUUUUAGUCAGGAUAAGGUAAUUGAAGUCAAAAAGGAUACCGAGAUGCAAGAUGAUCAGUCUGGUAUGGAAAUAGACGCCACCACUCAAGCUGCUAAUGAUUGCUCUACAGUGGAAAUCUGCAUCUGUGAUAAAGACAGUAGCUGGAUUGAUUCAAAAGCUACAGAUGAAGACAAAACUAUCACGACAAAGCAAAUUGGAGCCCUUCGGUCAAACCAGAGUGCCACCCAUUGUCUACUCGGGGUACAGACACCCUCUAAACGGUUCCCUGGAAGAGGCAGUAAAGUGUCACGCAAAAGUCCCAGCUUUCGUCCUAAAGAGGAGCUGAAGAAGAAAAAAGGCGUGGUGAGGAGGGCGGACCAGAAUAAGGUCUCUGCCUUCCAGAUUCGAAAAAAUGUAGCCAAAACUGCGGCCAGACAUCCUCGGCCAGCUCUGCUUCACGGUUCGGCUAGACGCAAAGCCGCAGUUUCUGAGAGCUCCCAGCCUUUAAGUGUCCACCAGUCCAGGGAGAGACCCUCUCCUUUGUCCUUGCACCUGUCAGGACAGAAAAAAUAUAGCCCCACACGGCCUGUUCUGUCUAAAAUGGCAGCGCAGAGCCAGACCUCUGAUCAGGAGCCAGUCCAGCCUGAAUCUGCAUGUAGUCUUAAACGGAGCCCUCAGGUGGAGGCGGUGCUCAGUGUGGCCCGGCCCACCACUGCAUGCUCCCGCCCUCCCCUCCUAAAAGAUACACAGGAGCGCUCAUACCGUAGUCCGGAGAAGAGGUCCUCCCUCCCCAGGCCGUCCAAAUCACUGACCCGCCACCUUCCUGCAGCUGAACAAGAAGACAACAGCACUCCCUGCAGGCCAACCUCCAUCAGCACCGAUGCCAAGGCUGACUGCAGGUCUGUGAGGGGCCCUAGUAUGGCAGGCGCGGACACUGCACGUUCACGGUCAGCCCGUAGUGGCACUUCUACCCCUGGAUCCUCCGCAGUCACACCCGGCACGCCUCCCAGUUACUCCCGCACGCCCGGCUCUCGCACACCCGGCAGUCACACACCCAAGUCCUUCAGUGUUCUCCAGGAAAAGAAGGUUGCGAUCAUCCGCACCCCGCCCAAGUCACCAUCUUCAGCGCAGCGGCAGUUGAAGGUUCUCAACCAGCCUCUGCCUGAUCUCAAAAAUGUCAAGUCGAAGAUUGGAUCUACCUCCAAUCUUAAACACCAACCCAAAGGUGGACAGGUGCAAAUUUUAAGCGAGAAGGUGGACUUCAGUCAUGUUCAGUCAAAGUGCGGCUCCAAGGAUAAUCUGAAGCACACGCCCAAAGGAGGCAAUGUCAUGAUUCCAAGUGUUAAACUGGACUAUAGCCACGUCCAGGCGAAAUGUGGCUCCCUGAAUAAACUCCAGCAUUCCCCAGGUGGAGGAAACGUUCAAAUCCAGACCAACAAAAUCGACUUAAGCCACAUCACCUCCAAAUGUGGUUCUAUGUCAAACAUCCGCCACAGGCCAGGUGGAGGCAACAUCAAGAUUGAGAAUGUCAAACUGGACUUUAAAGACAAAGCUCAAUCUAAGGUCGGCUCACUGGACAACGCCAGCCAUACACCUGGAGGCGGGAAUGUUAUGAUUGAGAGCCACAAGCUGACAUUCCGGGAGUCCGCCAAAGCGCGGGUGGACCACGGUGCGGAAAUCGUUGUCACCCACUCCCCAGGGCUGGAAAUGGGAGGCACCUCGCCUCACUUGUCCUCUGCCGGCAGCCUAAAUCUCCUGGAGUCGCCACAGCUUUCCACUCUGGCCCAAGAUGUCACCGCCGCAUUGGCAAAACAGGGUUUAUGAGCCUCCCGCUUUGGGUAUAUCCCCCUUCCCAACAGAUUCAUUCAGUCAAAAAUAUCCAGUAUUCACCCACAACUCACUCCGGACCCACCACAACUACAGUUCUGCUUUCCAGAGGGCUUUAAAGAUUCUCCAAUUAUUGUUCGUCCUCUCACUUUACAAGUUACUGUUUUCUUCAUUCAUUGGACUUUUGUGUACUUGUUCAGAAGAGGGCAUGUCUGCUAAAAGAUUGUACAGUGAUUUUUUUUUUUUUUUUUUAGCAUUGCCACAUUGCUCGUGCAUGGGGACUACUCUUAAAGUCAACACAAUUUUCAGCAAUUUAGAAAACUGUUUGAAACUGUGACAAAAGAACUACUAGCUUCCAAUCUGAAAGUUUGAUGAGCAUGUCUGUUAAAAGAAAUGUGGCAUUUCAAGUAAAAAGAUGCUUUGUAGUAGUUUUUUGAAAUGUGAUGACCUGUUGGAAAAUUUGUGUUUUAAGUGUUUUUAUAUUUCACUGUAGUUUUGUACGUUGACUAUGGCUGCAGUCCUCUAAUAGAGUUAUUUUAUUUCCUGUAAAUGAAGCAUUUUCUCUGCUUUGAAUUGAGCAUACUCAUUAUGUACUUUCAUGAGGUCUUUUUGGAGGAGUGCGAUUGUAAAGGCCCCUUGUAUUCUAGUGGCCUUUCCUACGCUACAGAGACAAAGAAAAAAAAAUUGAAGAGUGCUCUUGAGUAACAUUGCAUAUAGGAAGCGUAUGUGAGAUUGAGUCAGACUGUUUUACAGAAAUGAGGAGUGCAUGGAACUCGUCUUGCGACCAUAACAAUAAAUUCAGAACUGUUCUCGUGUUCUCAGCUCAUUGUUGUGAAAGCCCCGCCCGGAUGUCUGUCAGUUCCCCUCCAGUGUUUAUCUUCAACUGUGUAAGUGUAUUUAAAAUAUCAUGUUUGCAAUGUUGUCAUGUGUUGCUCAUGUGGAAAACAACGACAAGGGAAAUAAAGAACACUGAAAGUA